UACGACUGACUAGCUUAGCAGGAAGACGGAGCGGAGAGCUCUCAUCGUCCUGCCGUAGAAUGGACGCUUUCCUCGGCUUUGAUCUGAGCGUCAGAACGCUGGCAGAGUUCGAGGGAAAAUUUGGAAGAAUUCGCCGUAUUCCCAGCCUCUAGAUUAGGGGUGAUUUUGGUCAAAAUGUGGCGAUUUGGAAGGUCAUCGGGAACGGAAGUGUUAAGAUGGAGAUGCCGAGGGUCAUCAAAAGAUGUCUGCUGCAAACUUCACACCAGGGCUCUUGAGACAGCCUUUAACUUAAGCCUCCGAUCAGAUGGCAUCUGCGGUAGUGUAAAACAACGUCACUUGCCAUUCCCAAUCAAGAAAACAAGCUCUUAUAGAAAUACAUGGAGAGAACUGAGAACAUCUAUGUGCUAUUCCAUCUCUGGAUUCAACUCCAGGUACUUUUGUACCUAUGAGCCUGUCACAGAUCCCAUUGAGAUUCACAAACAGAAGUUGGCAUUAUGGUUCAGUCACCUUCCUCAAGAGGAGAGGCAAUUCGGUGGCUACUUUUCUCCCGAAACUAUGCACGUGGAGCCACUUAUCCUAGAGCGUCAUCCUGAUGAGGAUAGAGGCCUUAGUCCCUUCAAGGCAAAGGAAAGGGUAUCUCCAUGUCCCUCUCUCACAGUUGAGCAGCUCUUUGAUGAUAAUAAUAAUGGAAACAAGGCACGAGGACUAAAUGUUUUGCUAUAUGGCGCUGUCGGCACAGGGAAAAGUACUGUCGUCCGUAAACUGGUGCUGGAUUGGUGUGCUGGAUCUAUUUACUCCCAGUUCAAACUUGUGUUGCCCUUCUCCUGUGAGGAUCUUGCCAAUUUAUCCAAACCAACAUCCCUUCGAAACCUUGUAGGCAGGAAAUACAUGCAUCUUCUCAAGACACCUUAUCUUAGUGGAGAUAAUGACAAGGCUAAGGAUGUCCUCUUCGUCUUCAAUGGAAUGGAGAAAAUGAAGCUGGAUUUUCGUAUCGGCUCCUCCGAGUUAUGCAGUGAUCCCAAUGAGGCUCUCCCAUCAGGAGCUGUUGUUGUUAAUCUGCUUAGGAAGUACCUGCUACCUGAGGCCAGCAUUUUGGUUACAACCAGACUAUCUGCCGUGGACAACGUUCCUAGAAAAUACAUAAAACGUUAUGUACAGAUCUGUGGCUUCAAUGAUCCUGAUCGCCAGAGAGCCUACUUCACCAGUAGACUCAUGCAACAGAAUGAAGAAAAGCCGGACAAGGCUGCCGAGAUGCUCAUAGAGAUGCUUUACCUAAAUCUACAGCGGGAAACUCAGUUAGCUACCGCCUGCUUCUUACCAUCUUAUUGCUGGCUCACAUGCGCCACUCUUCAUUUAUUGCAUUUUACUGAUACGAAGGCACCAAUUCGAACCCUCACUGGCACCUACACCAGCUUCAUGAGGCUCAACUUCGGAGGAGAAGUGAUAACUUUGGACGGAAACAUCUCUUCACAAGAGCAACAGAACUCAUUAAUGCUCUAUGUGGUCCGUACAGUUGGUAAACUAGCUUUUGAUGGCAUCACCAACAAACGGAUAUCGUUCUCCGAUGACGAACUGGAGCAGUGGGUCGGCGGCAAGACUAAAACGGACGAGGAGCUCCAGCAACUGGCGGUGUUUCGCACAGAUGUGCUUGAUUUCUUUCUGGUGCCUCGUGAUGAUCAUGGUACAGAUCCCGAAACUGGUGGUAGACGCUAUGUGUUUGCUGUUCCCGCCAUGCAGGAAUAUCUAGCUGCUCUUUAUGUCGUUCUUGGCGAGAACAAAAGCGUCCUGGAGAAGUUGACUUGGGAGGUUUCAGAGGCUUUGGGACAAGCCAGUGAGGACAUCACAAGCCUACUGAGCAUCCUCUCCAAAAUCAUACCUUUCCGAAUCUUCGCUGUUUUCAACUUGCUUAAGUUGUUCCCAAAAUUUUUUGAGCGAUUCAGCAGCCUUAGCAAGGGGCGUAUCGCGAACACCAUGGCUGCGGAAAUGUUUCGUUCAGAGGACAGCUUCAAUGAAGAUGUCUUGGACCAGGUGGAGCAAAGUCUGCUGGGAGUGCAUGGUCCUCAGCCACAAGAGGAAACCGACACCAGGGCGUUUGAACUCUAUCCUAUCUUCAUGGGUGGACUACUUCAUUACGGGAACCGCCGGCUGUUAGACCAGCUCGGAUGCAACAUCAAGAGUCAUACGGUUGCUCAGAUCACUCGUGUGCUGAGAAAACACCUGAUCAAGGAGAGUAUGAAGAAGCAGCCUCCUGCCGAACUCAUGGACCUUCUGGUCCUGCUGUAUGAGUUUCAGAACCCUCGACUCACUGCUGAAGUCCUACAAUCCAUCAAGACCAUUAACUUGUCAACCGUACGCAUGACACCACACAAGUGCUUUGUGCUGAGCACCGUUCUGGGCUGCACACGCUCAACCUUCCACCUGAAUGAGCUCAACCUCUCCUCCUGCCACAUCACUCCAGAGUUACUGCAGAUGCUCUGGCCAGCCUUCCAUCACACUAGCAACCUCAAUCUCCAGUUUAACAGCCUGGGUCCCGAGUCCUGCAUUCUACUGCGAGAUCUCCUACUUGAGCCCAACUGUACUAUUAAGUCAUUACAGUUGUGUGACAACUACUUGACGGACGCCGGCAUCAGCCAUUUACUGGAAGCUCUGUCUGGUAACCACUCUCUGCAACAGCUGUAUCUGAUGCACACGGGCCUCGGGGACCAAUCGGCACACAUGCUGGCUGAGAAACUGGGCCAGCAUAACAUGUUGAAGGAACUGAAUGUGGCCUACAACAACAUCGGAGACAAUGCAGCUCUCACGCUGGUCGAUGCCUGUCGUGAACAUCCCAGCAUCCACACAGUACACCUGUACCUGAACCAGCUUACCGAUGUGGGCAAGCAGUCGCUGCACGUGCGUGGUGGUCCUCGGGUGAAGGAGGGCCGGCGAGUGAAAGUCCUGGCCUCUGUAACAGAGGGUUCAGACAUCUCAGAGGACUGGCAUCCCAUUCUGAGCGUUAUUGAAAAGAAUUCGCUUUCCUGGGAUAGAGGCCGUGUACGCGAGCAACUGCUGGUCUUCCUGAAAGACCUGGAAUGGGGUCGGAAACAGCACCCGGGUUUCUGGAAAAAGAUGCACUUCCGGCGAGUAGAGAGCGUUGUGAGGCAAACUUUGCGCUUACUGGAAAAGAGCAGUAAUACGGGUACAGGGACCGGUACAAAAUGAUGCAAUUACGACUGAAGCUAAAGUGUCUAAUUUCUCAAAGGGAUAUUUGUUGCUAAUCCAGUCAGCCUUAAAGGGAUAGUUCACCCAAAAAUGAAAAUUCUCUCAUCAUUUACUCAACCUCAUGCCAGCCCCGUUGUAUGAUUUUCUUUCUUCAGAUCAACAAAAAUGAAUAUUUUUAGGAAAAUCAUCCAUCUCUGUGAAUGGAUUGGAUUUAAUGCAUUGAAUGGGUGCCCACUUGGUUGACGCUUGAAAAACCACACUGCGAUCGUGAUGGUAAUCCAUUCGAGCCCAUUGGAUGCAUCAAUGUCUUCUUCUCAAGUAAGACGAUAGGUGCAUGUUA